AACUUGAGAUGCGUUAGCGCUCGCUCACAUUCACUGUUUAAAGCGCUCAUCGAUUCUUGCACGCGCUAGGGCGAUUUAAUGUUCAACUCCGGGCGCUGAUGCUGGAGACCGUUCUUCAGAGCGGAUGUAUUGCUGUUCAUCCACAACACCAUGAAUACAGACCCUAAAUAAAUGGUUACCGGUCAUAGGAGUGGAGGGAAAGCUAUUUUGGUGACAGCCACCGGCUCUUGAAAUUCCUAGACGGGAGGACUGAGAAACGCAACGCGGAGUUUUAAGCGUGUAUUUGACAGGUGCCAACGCUCGGAACGAUGCCGCCCGUACAGAGAGCUGUGUCGGAUCUCCGGUCCCGUGCUGAUGGCUAUGAAAAGACAGAAGACGCGUCAGAGAAGACCUCUCUAGCAGACCAGGAAGAUUCCAGACUAAUAUUCAUCAAUCAGCCUCAGUUCACAAAGUUCUGCAGUAAUCAUGUCAGCACUGCAAAGUACAAUGUGCUCACAUUCCUGCCUCGGUUCCUGUACUCCCAAUUCAGAAGAGCGGCCAACUCCUUCUUCCUCUUCAUCGCACUGCUGCAGCAAAUCCCUGAUGUGUCACCGACGGGACGAUGGACAACACUGGUACCGUUACUCUUCAUCCUGGUGGUGGCCGCAGUGAAGGAGGUUAUAGAGGAUCUGAAACGUCACAAAGCUGAUAAUGUUGAUAACAAGAAAGAGACACAAGUGUUGAGGAACGGAGCUUGGGAGAUUGUUCAUUGGGAGAAGGUUGUGGUUGGAGACAUAGUUAAAGUAAAUGGCAAAGAUUUCAUACCAGCAGAUGCUAUACUGCUGUCGUCCAGUGAACCUCAAGGAAUGUGCUACAUAGAAACCUCAAAUCUGGAUGGAGAAACAAAUCUGAAGAUCAGACAGGGUCUGCAGAUCACUGCAGACAUUAAGGACAUUGACAGUCUGAUGCGUCUCUCUGGACGGAUGGAAUGUGAGAGUCCCAACAGACAUCUGUAUGAGUUUGUGGGCAAUAUUCGCCUGGAUGGACACAGCACUGUUCCACUGGGUCCAGAUCAGAUCUUGCUGAGAGGAGCUCAACUCAGGAACACACAGUGGGUGCAUGGUAUUGUGGUCUACACAGGGCAUGAUACCAAACUCAUGCAGAACUCCACACGGCCUCCUCUGAAGCUGUCCAACGUGGAGCGCAUCACAAACUUUCAGAUCCUGGUGCUUUUCGGCUGUCUGUUGGCCAUCUCUUUGGUGUGCUCCAUUGGCCAGACCAUUUGGAAGUACCAGUUCGGCAAUGAUGCCUGGUACAUGGACCUCAACUAUGGCGGAGCAGCUAACUUUGGCCUGAACUUCCUCACCUUCAUAAUCCUCUUCAACAACUUGAUCCCCAUUAGUCUUUUAGUGACUCUGGAGGUUAUCAAGUUCGUCCAAGCUUUCUUCAUAAACUGGGACACUGACAUGCUGUAUGAAGCCAACAAUACACCAGCUAUGGCUCGCACCUCAAACCUGAAUGAAGAACUCGGACAGGUGAAGUACAUCUUUUCGGACAAGACGGGCACCCUGACCUGCAAUGUCAUGAAGUUUAAGAAAUGCACCAUUGCAGGCGUGGCCUACGGUCAUGCAGCUGAAGUUGAGGAUGGUAGUUUUGCGGAAGAGGACUGUCACAGCUCUCAAUCCACAGAGGAAUCUGAAUUUAAUGACCCCAGCUUACUGGAAAACCUCCAAAGCAAUCAUCCCACCACUCCUGUCAUUAUAGAGUUCAUGACCAUGAUGGCAAUAUGUCACACUGCUGUUCCUGAACGCAUUGAGGACAGGAUCACCUACCAGGCUGCAUCUCCAGAUGAAGGUGCUCUGGUACGGGCUGCACAGAACCUGGGCUUUGUGUUCUCUGGGAGAACUCCAGACUGUGUUAUUGUGGAGUCGCUUGGAGAGGAGGAGAAAUAUGAAUUGCUGCAUGUUUUGGAAUUCACAAGCACAAGAAAACGGAUGUCAGUCAUCAUGCGCACUCCAUCAGGAAAGAUCCGCCUUUAUUGCAAAGGAGCUGACACAGUGAUCUGUGAGCGAUUAGCUGACAGCUCCAGAUACAAGGACAUCACCCUUAAACACCUGGAACAGUUUGCCACAGAGGGUCUGCGCACACUAUGUUUUGCUGUGGCGGAUAUAUCAGAAUCAUCAUACCAGCAGUGGCUGGAGAUACAUCAACGCGCCUCAACGUCGCUCCAGAACAGAACACUCAAGCUGGAGGAAAGCUAUGAACUGAUUGAAAAGAACCUGCAGCUGCUAGGGGCCACAGCCAUUGAAGACAAACUGCAAGACAAGGUCCCAGAAACCAUCGAGACCCUCAUGAAAGCCGACAUUAAGAUCUGGAUUCUCACUGGAGACAAGCAGGAGACGGCUAUCAACAUUGGACACUCCUGCAAGCUGCUCACGAAGAAUAUGGGCCUGCUGGUGAUAAAUGAGGACACCCUGGAUGGUACCAGAGAGACUCUUAGCCGUCACUGUAGCAUGCUGGGAGAUGCUCUGCACAAGGAAAACGACUUGGCUCUCAUCAUAGAUGGAAAGACGCUGAAGUACGCCCUCACUUUUGGUGCACGCCAGUACUUCCUGGACUUGGCCCUUUCCUGCAAGGCUUUGAUAUGCUGCAGGGUUUCUCCUCUGCAGAAGUCUGAGGUGGUGGAGAUGGUGAAGAAACAGGUGAAAGUGAUUACAUUGGCCAUUGGAGAUGGAGCUAAUGAUGUGGGUAUGAUCCAGACCGCUCAUGUGGGUGUUGGCAUCUCUGGCAAUGAAGGACUGCAGGCUGCCAACUCAUCCGACUACUCCAUUGCACAGUUCAAGUACUUGAAGAAUCUUCUGCUGGUUCACGGCGCCUGGAAUUACAACCGCGUUGCCAAGUGCAUCCUGUAUUGCUUCUACAAGAACAUCGUACUGUAUAUUAUUGAGAUCUGGUUUGCGUUUGUGAAUGGCUUCUCUGGUCAGAUUCUAUUUGAGCGCUGGUGCAUCGGCCUGUACAAUGUGAUCUUCACUGCUUUGCCUCCUCUGACUCUGGGCAUCUUUGAGCGUUCCUGCAGGAAGGAGAACAUGCUGAAAUACCCCGAACUCUACAAAACCUCACAGAAUGCAAUGGGCUUCAACACCAAGGUCUUCUGGGCCCAUUGUCUGAAUGGCCUGUUUCACUCAGUCAUCCUUUUCUGGUUCCCCCUCAAGGCCUUCCAGCACGAUACUGUCUUUGGAAAUGGCAAGACACCAGACUAUCUCCUCUUAGGCAACAUGGUUUAUACAUUUGUGGUGAUCACAGUCUGUCUGAAGGCUGGGUUGGAGACGUCUUCCUGGACCAUGUUCAGUCACAUUGCCAUCUGGGGCAGCAUUGGAUUGUGGGUAGUCUUCUUUGGCAUCUACUCUUCUCUAUGGCCUCUGAUCCCUCUGGCUCCAGAUAUGUCAGGAGAGGCGGACAUGAUGUUCAGUUCAGGUGUGUUCUGGAUGGGCCUGAUCUUCAUCCCCAUCACAUCUCUGGUGUUUGAUGUGGCCUACAAAGUCAUAAAAAAGGUGUGCUUUAAGACCCUGGUGGAUGAGGUGCAGGAGCUGGAGGCGCUGUCCAAAGACCCAGGAGCUGUGGUGCAUGGGAAGAGUUUGACCGAGAGAGCCCAGCUCUUGAAGAAUGUCUUUAAGAAGAGUACCGUCAGUCUGUACCGGUCCGACUCCAUGCAGCAGAAUCUACUCCAUGGCUACGCAUUCUCGCAGGAUGAGAACGGAGUGCUCUCCCAGUCUGAUGUCAUCAGAGCCUAUGACACCACCAAGCAGCGGACCAAUGAGUGGUGAGAUCCAGCUUGCUUGGCCCCGCCCCCCUCUCAACGGUCACUCUACUUUUUAAAGGCUGACAGAGUGCUUAAGCCUGUCAAUUUAACUUUGGCCAGCCUAGGGCACACCCUGGGCAACAACGGAUACGAAAAGCAGUAUGAUAGGAAAAAAAAUAAAAAUCUUUUAGUGCUGUAGUUGUAUGUUCAACAGCACACACAAGCACUGUGCUCACAUAUUUUUGCCCAGUCUUCGGUCAGUAUG